AAGUGUAAUUGUUUAUGAUAUAUCAAUGGCUUCAAAAGCACCCGUACAUUUCGGACCACGCUUGCCCUUCGGCUAUAUAUUGCAUUUCACUGAUCAUAUUUCACAAAAGGGUUACAUGAUCAACGAACACAUCAGUGUUUAAUCCUCUUCAUUAAGGCUGGAAGAAUUUUGAAUUUGUAGUGCUGCCAUGUCGAUAGCCGGUGUAGCUCGGAGUCCGGUUCAUGGUGGGUCUUUUAGUUUUCCUGGUAAUGUGUUGGAUCAGUUUGGACUACGGUCGAGGGAGUCGAUUUUGAUUUAUUUGACUGUGGAUGGGUCUGUGUCCCGAAUGCGUGUGCUGGAGUCGGAUUCGAUUGCUUCUGUGAAGCUAAGAAUCCAGAUGGACAAAGGGAUUUAUGUGAGGAUGCAGAAACUGAUUUUUGAUGGGAAAGAAUUGGCUAGGAAUAAUUCUUGUGUUGGGGAUUAUGGGGUUGCGGAUGGGAAUGUUUUGCAUUUGGUUCUUCGACUCUCGGAUCUCCAAACUAUUACGGUUCGUACUGUUUGUGGUAAGGAGUUUGAGUUGCAUGUUCAGAGGGAGAGAAAUGUGAUGCAUGUUAAGGAGCAGAUUGUGGAUCAGGGGAUAGUUUCUCUCGGUCUCAAGGAUCAGCAGUUAAUUUUUAAUGGUGAGGAGCUUGACGAUCAAAGGCUCAUAUCUUCAAUUAGUAGAGACAAUGAUGCGGUGAUCCACUUCUUGCUCCGCAAAUCAGCAAAGGUAAGUGCUAAAGCAGUGGAGAAUAAUGUUGAAGUUUCUAUUGUAGCUACAGAUCUUGCUGAAGAAACUGAGGCUCUGAAUGGAGGAAAGUUUCAACUGGGAACUCAGUUAAGGAAACCGCAUGCUAUAGUAAAAAAUAUUUUGCAAAGUAAUCUGAUUUUAGAACCCAUUGUUGUUAGUUCAGAUAUUAAACUGACACCUGGUAUUAAGAAGCUAAUUAGUGGAACAUUAGAUGGAUUAGAGAUGGGCAAACAACCAGUUAGGUCUUCAGAGGGAUCAGGAGGUACUUAUUUUAUGUGGGAUUCUUCUGGUCACAAAUAUAUAUCUGUCUUUAAGCCAAUGGAUGAAGAGCCAAUGGCUGUGAAUAACCCUCGAGGGCUUCCCCUGUCAACCAAUGGUGAAGGGUUAAAGAAAGGAACACGAGUUGGUGAAGGAGCAUUCAGGGAAGUUGCGGCAUAUAUUUUGGAUCAUCCAAGAAGUGGACCACGCCUUUGUUACAAUGAGGAGGAGGGCUUUGCUGGGGUACCCCCCACAGUUAUGGUCAAAUGCUUUCAUGGAGGAUUCAGUUAUGCUGCAGGUUAUGAGAAUGCACCUAAAAAAUUUAAGAUUGGAUCCCUGCAGAUGUUUAAGAAGAAUUCUGGCAGUUGCGAGGAUAUGGGUCCCCGUGCUUUUCCUGUGGAAGAGGUGCAUAAGAUAUCCGUGUUGGACAUAAGACUGGCCAAUGCAGAUCGGCAUGCUGGAAACAUAUUAAUUAGUAAAGAUGGCUGUAGCGAUCGACUUGCUCUCAUUCCGAUUGAUCAUGGCUACUGCUUGCCUGAGAAUUUUGAGGACUGUACAUUUGAGUGGCUCUACUGGCCUCAAGCUCAUGAGCCUUAUUCUCCUGAUACAAUCAAGUACAUAAUGUCACUUGAUGCCGAGCAAGAUAUCGAACUACUGAAAUUUUAUGGAUGGGACCUUUCCCGUGAGUGUGCACGCAUCCUUCGAAUAUCUACUAUGCUUCUAAAAAAAGGUGCAGCAAAAGGACUUUCACCACACGCUAUAGGAAGCAUCAUGUGCAGGCAAACAUUGAAGCAAGAAUCUGUGGUUGAGCAGAUUAUUCAAGAAGCUGAAGAAGCUGUGCUCCCGGAAACAAGUGAAGCUGCGUACCUUGAAUCUGUCUCUUCACUCAUGGAUAGUCGCCUCAAUGAGCUCUUCCCUUAGGUCCCUGGAAUCAGAUACUUAAUAUAUCUACAUAUAUAAUCAAAGAUAUAUCUGUUAUUAGCAGAUGAUGGAAAAUGAUGCUUCAUUUUGGUUGCAUUCGAAUGCAGAACCCAAUAACCCAUGUAACUUGGUUUCUCCGGCUUUUGCUCUAAGCACAUCCUUGUGUUGUAUGCGUGUAUGUUAGCGCUAUGCUACAUCUCCUCCCCUGUUUAUCAACCCAUCCCCACUUUGUAUUUCUUCAAUGCCCUAAAUCAAACACAUUAUACUAUUGUUUUCUGGUAUAUAUGUGUGUUAUGUA